CGCAUUUUGACGUUCUACAGUCAUCUUCCUUUCGUGGGUUUUAGUGCGGUAGUAGUGCAGUACAUGCUGUGGCUAUAGUAUUGUUCUCUUGAGUAUAAAUCUCGUUAAAUAACCACGUUGUUUGUGCUCCGAUAAAACAAAAUGCCGAAGAAUAAGGGAAAGGGAGGAAAAAAUAGGAGGAGAGGAAAGAAUGAGAACGAAACGGAAAAGAGAGAGUUGGUUUUUAAGGAGGAUGGUCAAGAAUAUGCUCAAGUGACAAAAAUGCUCGGAAAUGGCAGACUCGAAGCCAUGUGCUUCGACGGUGUCAAACGAUUGUGCCACAUUCGAGGCAAACUUCGUAAAAAAGUUUGGAUCAAUCAAGGCGAUAUUAUUCUAAUCGGUCUUCGUGAUUAUCAAGAUGCCAAGGCUGACGUUAUUCUUAAAUACACGUCCGACGAAGCCAGAAAUUUGAAAACUUAUGGCGAAUUCCCUGAAACCGUACGCAUCAACGACACCGUCACCUUCGUUGAGGAUGGCUUCGAUGAAGAUAUCGAGUUUGGAGAUGAAAUUAGCGACGAUGACGAAGAUGAUGUGGACAAUAUCUGAUUGGGCAGCGAAAGAGUUGCGACACCGAGAACAUUAGGGCGGUGAAAUAAAAUAAAAAGAAAAUACCUACCAUCGGGGUGAGAUGCAAGAGGUUGUCAAGGUCACAAAGUCGACUUUUGACGAAGUAAAUAUCUAAUUGUAUCUAUAAAUAAAUGACCAUGUUUUGAUUUGUACCGUGUUGUUGUUCGUUCUGCGAACGACUUUAGCUAAUUCGCGAAUACUAAUUGAAGUACCAGUAAAGAUCUUGUGAAAGGUUUUCAACAAUCUAUUUCAUGUCGUGUAGAAAAUUCAAAGAUCGUGAAAAAGAUCAUCCGUGGGAAAUAACAAAGUAAUAAAACAAAAAGUAAAGAAAUAACAACGGUAGCCGGAAUAGGUUUCUACGUUCAAUUAACUCAAUUUCAUAGUCGAUAUACAUUCACAAUAAGAAGGAAAAUGCCUAGGAUAGUUAGUUUAUCAAUUAUCCGAUUUUAUAAUUAGAUCAUUAUUAUUUUUCGCCCAUUUUUUCAUAUUACAAAUAUUGUAUUUCUUCCUUUUAAAUCAAUAGUCUGCUGAGUGGGCUCGGAGAUGAAAGAGAAAUAUUUACGAUAUGAAAAAACAAUUUUUUUUUAAACCAUUUACGUCAAUGCAAAUUAUAUGAUGGGCUGCAGUCCAAAUAAGUUAUUACGAUACCAAUAUGUAAAAUUUUUUUUCCAAUUCAUUAGCCACAAGCAUUGUUUCCAAUAUUUUUUAAAAUCAAUAAAAAUUGUAUGAUUCACCGAA